CGCCACACGCUCUCCUCGCGCAGUAUGGCCCGCUCGAUUCCAGUCGGUAUCCGUUUGACCACGUUAGCUCAAAAAGGUUUUCGUUCAUUCACAAACGAAAUUGUCCGCAAAUAAUCCAGAAUUCACCAUGGAUGACGAAUGGGAUGUCGAAAACGCUCAGGCGAAAUUCGACCUCGCUAUUAGAUCAAACAAGUGGGAGGGCGAGGAUGAAGAAGAAGACGUCAAGGAUAGUUGGGAAGAUGUAGAAGAAGAGAAAAAAGAUGAAGAAGAGAAGAAAGACGUAGAGAAACCUGCGGAAGCACCUAAAGCAAAGCCAAAGCCGAAGAAAGCUUUGGCAGAAAGAAUUGAAGAACGGGAGAAAAAAGCAAGAGAGGAAGCGGAAAGGAAAGUAAAAGAAAAAGAAGAAGCAUUAACACCAGAGGAGAAAAGGGCAGAACAGCUGAGACGUCAAAGGCUGCAAGAGGAGGCCGAUCUACGUCUUGCCAUGGAGACAUUCGGUGUGACCGAAGAUGGUGCGUUAAGCCUGGACACAGCAGUGCCUGACACAAUGGAAGAGUUCGAGCAGUAUGGAAACGUACUUACGCAAAAACUGAAUCAGUUUGCUAAGCAUCCUGAAUUCCCCCCGUUUGCAGAAGAACUUAUGAAAAAUAUUGCUCUCAAUUUAUCCUCGACAAAUUUGAAGAAAGUGAAAACGCUGAUCGAUAAUCUGUUGAUUGAGAAACAGAAGAUCGAGAAGGGCGAGAAAGCGAAAAAGAGCAAGGGCAAGGGAAAAGCGAAACUGAAUAUUAAGGGUGAAAAUACUCUUUUGAGUGAAUAUGGCGACUACGUUUACGAUGAUUACAAAGAUUUCAUGUAGCGACCUUUUCACCCCAUAUUCUUAUUAUUCCCCAUCCCCUUUUCUAGUCGCCUAAAUACACGCAGAUGGUUAUUAACAUUUUUGCAGAUUUUAUAUCCUUUAUUCUCACUAUAUAUACUCGGGGUGGAUGAGAUAUAGUGUGGUCGUCAAAUGAAUUAUAAGCAUUUCCGGCUUACAGGCGUUGGGAUAAAAGAAUUGACUGAAAUAUGGGGUGUGAAGGGUCUUGGGCUUCACUUACGGUUUUACGAUCUAUCUUAAAUCCUGUUUUAAUUCAACUUACUUCCUAUUUUAAUUUAACAACAGUACACAGCUGAUUGGCGAAAGAAAAUUGAAAAAAUAUUCAGUUCAAAUUUAUGGUUUUGCACAGUGAAUGGUAUAAGCGAGAAUACAACUGAUUAUACGAACAAAAAGAAAUGAAAAUUAUAGAAUAAACAUUCUUCUCACGGAUUUUUCUUUUUUUGGAAAAAAAACCGAAUUUGUCUAUUUAGUGGUGUAUGUAUUCCAGUUCUAUUCGACUCGUAUGUCAAUUCAUUACUAGUUUUAUUUCUGUUGGCAUUGCAAAUAGUAAUUAGAAUUUGUACUUUUCUUAAAACAGAACGCAAUGUCAAUGGCGGACGCGCUUGUUAAAGGUUUAAUUAACGACAACACUAUGUCGUCUCCACCGACUAUACAUACACAAAUAUCUGAUUUCUUUAAUUCUUAAUUGUUAGUUCAAGGUUGCGAAAUGAAAAUGUUUUCCUGUAGGAUUUCUUACUAUAUAAAUACAGAUAUAUAUACAGGGUG